CUCACUGCCUCCUUGCUAUCUGGCCGGUAUGUGCGCUUCUCUGGCGCAAUGGGACUCUCUCAAGGAGAAAGCUGGCGAGUCGUUUUGUGAGGGCCUGAAUGCUGUUGCCAGCAGCCUGCGGAUGCUCAAUCAUGCUGAGGAGGGACGCCAGUGGGUCGGGCCGUGUACAGCGGCGAUGCUCAUACGAUUGCUGCAAGGCGAAAUAGAGAGGCUGACCCGAUGGAGCCUCCGCCCCCGCGAAGCUAACGAGGUCCCACCGCAGGUCGGCAAUGUGCUUCCCGGCUCUCUCGUGAUACCGUUGAGCGGGGACACACAGUCGAUGGGCUGCAAAUUUGGCAGGUACUUGAGCUCGGAGUGGAGAAACACUGAGGAUGUCAUUAAGGCGUUUGUCCGAAGGAGCGGACCUCCCUCUGAAAGAUCCAGAUGGGAUCCUGACACCGUCUUCUUCUAUCAGCCCAAGCCUGAUGCCUUCGAGGACAAAUAUGACUUUCUUGUCUUCGUGGUGGACAAGGAUGGCAAGCUGAGCGAUGUGUGGGGCUACAAGUGUGUCCGCGGCGACGCCUUACCGCCAGGAGAGGACGAGCCUUUUAUCGACUAUGAAGAUCGCCGGCAGCAGUGGAUGGAAACCAAUGUGUGGCCGCCUCUGCCGGGCAAUCCGCUGCCGGGCGCGGCCGAUCUCUUCAGUGAUCCCGAUAUGCGGUCGAUGGAGAUCAAGUCAGUGUGGCUGCGAGGGGGUGGGGGGCGGGGAGAGAAGGCAUUUGUGAGGAGGCAGGAGGAUGGCCAUGCGUGGAUUGUGCCAUGUCGAGACGAUGUUGAUGCACUACUCGGUCUGACACUGAACAGAACCUGUUCCUUUGUACGUUCGAGUGCUUGAGGCAUGUGUGUUGUGUAAGGGGAUGUAGAUGGACAUUUGGGUGUAGACCGGUUGUGUUGUCAUUUGUAGUCAAGACGGAGACUUUUCAUGUGUGAGAAUGUAGACGUGAGACGCCUGGAUGAGAG